AUGACCAAACAGAACAUGGAGUCACAGUCUGCUACAAUCAAGCGUCUUGAGACAACCGUUGGACAACUCUCAGGGACCUUGAACCAGAUGCAACAGCAGCAACAACCAGGGAAGCUCCAUGGCCAAGGAUUGCAGCCUCAUCAAGCUCAAGCUGUCACAGUCCUACGGAGUGGAAAAAAAGUGGACAACAAAGUGGAGAUCCCUACUGACGAGCCCCCUAAGGAAACUUGUGAGGAGGAGAUGGUGAAAGAAGUACCCCCACCGAGAGAAGAAGAGCAGCAAGGAGAGCCCUCGGUGAAGCUUCACAAGGCCACCAAGCCUUACAGACCACCGAUCCCGUACCCAGGUCGGUUGAGGAAUGAGAAGCAAGAUCAACAAUUCACCGACUUCUACAACAUGUUGGCAAAGGUGAAUGUCAACUUGCCACUUCUGGACGUGAUCAGAAAUGUCCCGGCCUAUGUGAAGUUCUUUAAGGAGCUGGCGUCCAAGAAGAGGAAGUUUGUUGACAACGAGAAGAUUCUUGUGUCCGAGGUUGCCAAUUCCAUCAUGCAACAGCCCUUGCCACCCAAGCAACGAGAUCCAGAUAGAUCAGUUAGGUAUCCUCGUGGGGUCAUUGAGGAUAUUUUAGUUAGAGUGGGUGGUUUAAUCGUGCCUGUCGAUUUUGUUGUGCUUGAAAUAGGAGAAGUUCAUGAGAAUGGCAAGGAACAUACUUUACUGCUAGGAAGACCAUUCAUGGCCACCACUAACACGUUGAUUGAUGUGAAAAAUGGAACAAUAAAAAUGACUGUGUUAGGAGAGUCCGUGUCUUUUUCUGUGCAUCAUAGUCGCGCUUUGCCAUCAUCUUCAUUUACUAAUGAAUGCUCCUAUAUAGAUGCUAUUGACGGCCUCGCCGAGAUGGUUUAUGUGCAGGAACAAGAGAUAGUGGAGGUCUUUGCAGGAUCGGCGGAUAUGGAGAAGUUUGCUCGGGAAGCCGAGGAAAGAGAGAGAGGACGAAGAGACAAACUCCCCAUUGAUGAGCCUGUGGUGCUUGAAGAUGCCACGAAGUGCAAAAAGCCCAAAUUGGAACUCAAGGAGCUCUCCAAACACCUCAAGUAUGUGUACUUGGAAGAAGGAGAGGAGAAGCCCGUGAUAAUAUCCACCGAGCUCACUCAUGAGCAAGAAAUGGCAUUGAUGGAGGUGCUAAGGAGCAACAAGCUGGCAUUUGGGUGGGGCCUUGCCGACAUUAGUGGCAUUAGCCCAGCCAUCUCGAGGAGGGAGCAACACCUAAGAGGGAUGGCCAACGAAGACUAA